AGGAAUUGAAAAGGCAAUCAUUCUUUGCCCGCCAAUUUCAUCACUCUCAUUUCGUCUCUCACCGUCGCCCGUCGCCCGUCGCCAUGUUCACCAUUGACGUUGGUACAGUGUAUGACCUAAGGCUGGCGCUAUUGCCAAUAGCUACCCUCUGUGAAACAGCUGAUAUCAAAUGCACAAACCAAAGAUUGUCCAUUAUCGUUUUUCCUUCACGCCUUCCCUUCGUUGUAGCGCUUCGAAUGUUGCCUGAAUUCUUCACUUCCUUUCAGUAUCAUCCCGACCCCGACAACUACAAUACAUAUCGUGCCAACAUUUUCCUUCAUCUUUUUAUCACUAAUGUUUCCAAAACCUACACAGAUGAUAUAAACGUUACCAUCUAUCUCAACAGACGCCAUCCUCUCGCGCCCAUCAAAUUUCAGGAUCCUCGUUCCGGAUAUUUCCGAUAUUCUACAUUGGUAUUGGCAAAUCCUCAUAACAUCGAUAUCAGCUCAAUUGAUUUCAGUGUUUUUGUUGCAAUUCCUUCAGCUGCAUUCAUAAACAUUAUCUAUGACUUUGAUCUGCCGCCCACUGAGUAUGUUUGUGUUGCUGUAACAAAGACGGAAGCCAAGUUCAAAUCUCAAAAACACGAAGUUACUUUCACCCCUGAGAAUAAGGAUUGCAUAAUUGGGGGUGUUGGAGAAGAAGCGGUAUAUUACUUCAUGAUCACUCUAGCUCCCACGUGUCUUUUCUAUAACAUAGCUUACAAAACCAACUUUGUUUGGCUGUUCAGAACAGUUAGUACUCGCAGUUUGUUGUGUAGCUGUGUGGGGCUACAUGCUUCGUAUCUGGUUUGUUUUUGACAUUAUUGCAAAUUAGAUUCUGUGUUUCUUGGGAUUAAACUUUUUACAUAUAUUUUCUUCUCAUGUAAUAUAGAAUAGAAAUUCUCUGUUUGUUCUCUUCACAUUUUGAGCAAAUCAGUGAUCAUAUGCUUCGUUAUUCUG